AUGGCACGACCAAAGCGAGUCCCGCGCCGAUCGACGGGGGGGCAGUAUGCUCAUGGGAUGCGAAAAGUAUUCGAACGACAGCGCCUCCCUUAUGGAGCUUCGGAUGAUUCAGAUGAUGAGUCUUUGCCAGAUCUGGAGCCAAACGCGGACAUGAAACUCGAAAUCACGAGCCGGCCCACUACUGAACCCACUACUGAACCCACUACUGAACCCACUACCCAGGGCACGCAAGCUAGCACAAAGCCGAUCAUUCUACCCUUGACAACCAUUUCUGGCAAUGAUUCAGUGCUGUCGGAGGGAGUGAACACAACACAAGAGGAUGCAGGCAACGGCAGGCAGAGCACUGCUGAAGUCACGGUUAAUCUCAACAAGCCUGCAGAAGUCACUGUCGGUACCAAGCGAAAGGCAGAAGACGAGGAUAGCAAUCAGUUCAUGGGCUCAGGAGCACCAAAUGCAGAUCUGCUCAAGCGUUUCAAACCAUAUAGUGAAGAUAUUGAAAAGACCACUCACUCAAUUACGGACCGCGAAGCAAUCAUUGGCGUUUACAAGCCAGACAAAGGACACAAGCGUGUGGUGACCGCGAAGUUAACAGAGACAGGCGUCCUCAUAUUCAAGUGCCGGAACUAUACCUCGCAAUUGAUUGCAAUCAAGCCAUCAGAAUCCAACGAAGAGAAAAGAGAGUCUGACGUUCCAUGGAGAAAAUUCCGUGAGCAACUGCCCGAGGAUGUCGACCUUCGUGGUGAUGUUGAUCUGGCUACAUACACGAAACUUAUUGGCUACGUGAUCGAACAAACACCCAAUACGAAUCACAUAUUCAAGUCAGGCGAAGACGCUGAAGAACAUGACUCUAUGGGUGCCGCUCUUUGGUUCAUGAAGCGAGCGAAGGUCGACGACAAACUGACUGGUACGGACGAUUUGACGGGAACUCAACUAGCAAUGUUGGCCUCCUCUAUCGCAAAGAUGGACAAUCAGUACCAAGAUCAAUUUCGGGAUAGGGCAUGGCGGCAGGAGACAGGCAUGGACUAUGUAUGGGACCUAAAUCAUGAUCUCCGCCGGCUUAUUCAAGCGCGCUGGCAGUCGUCAAUGGAAAUUUUGAUGGUUCUGAUGAGAGCUCGGAACGGGGGCAGGAUCGGAAGUGAGACAAACACACUUUCGCUGAACAAUACCGAGAUGGAUUCUCUAGAUUUGACCAUAGACAAGGCCGGGUUCUUGAGGGAUGCAGCAUUGCGCUAG